CUAGAAAGAUGGCAGAGUUUCCGACUUGGAAUUCCGAGUUGAAAGACCUCUCAAAACAAUUUUUCCCAAUCGGAGCUCGUUUUUUUCCGAGUUCCCAGUUGUCGUUAAGGCGACAACUGACACUAGACAAGUUCGAUACACAAAAACACAGACACACACACACACACACACACAGCAGCAGCAAGCCAACAGGAUGAAUCUGACGUGCUCGUCAUGAGAUAGUGAGUCACGUAGUAGAUAUUCAAAUCCACCUUAGAACCAGUUUCACUUUCAUACACAGCUCGAGACUAGACAGAACUUCAUCCGAAUACUAACUUCUUGAAACUCACGGAACCAUGAGUCCCAGAAAUACAAGCAAAAAUGUCUCUCACGUUGACAGCUCAGCCUUAAAGAGCCCACCGAAACAAAGGCAUAUCAACAAAGGUUCCACCCUAAAUCCCUCUAAUGGCUCAGGGGACUCAGGAACCAGCAGAGCGAUGGCCAGCCAGGCCAGGGAAGCAGGAGCAAACACAGACACACGUUAUGCCAAGAAGAACAUCCCUACUGUCAGAUAUCAUCCUGACAUCGCACAGAAGAGACCUGAGGCCCAUCAGCAUAGUCAUAGCCCUGACAAGAGCAGCCAGGUCAGGGGUAAGCCUGUGGUCUCUCRCCCCAGGACCAAUCAGGAUCAAAUAAAAUUGAAUAAAAUCAGCAGAGCCACGGCCAGCCAGGCCAGGGGAGCAGGAGAAAAGACCACAGACACACGUUACGCCAAAAGGAACAUCCCUACUGUCAGAUAUCAUCCUGACAUCGCAGAGAAGAGAGCUGAGGCAGAGAAGAGAGCUGAGGCAGAGAAGAGAGCUGAGGCAGAGAAGAGAGCUGAGGCCCAUCAGCAUAGUCAUAGCCCUGACAAGAGCAGCCAGGUCAGGGGUAAGCCUGUGGUCUCUCCCCCCAGGACCAACCAAGUUGGGGGGAGCUCCAUGGUCUCUCCCCUCAGGCCCAAAGCACUGCCCCUGGGGUUAGGUCAGAAAGUAGAGGUGGAGGCGGUGGAGCUCCAGACCCGGGGCCAGAGAGAGAACCCCAGCUGGUUCUCCUGGCGUCAGAGCCGAAUCACAGCGUCGGUCGCUCACCGACUCGCCCAUAGCCGCUUCGUUACUGGCCAGAGCAUGACCCCGCCGGCUUCCUACCUGGCCGCCAUCACAGGCCGCGGUCCCAACGUCAAGACCCGCGCCAUGACCUGGGGCAUUGAGCGGGAAGCCGAGGCCGUGCGGAGAUAUCAGAGCCUGAAGAGCAAGUCCCUGGGCCGGGAGGUGAGGGUGCAGGAGUGUGGCUUGUUCAUCGACCCCCAGCGCCCCUGGCUAGCAGGCAGUCCUGAUGGCAUCGUAGAGGACCAAAGCACCGGCCAACGGCUGCUCUGCCUAGAGGUUAAGUGUCCCUACAAGCACCGUCAGAACACUGUAGCCCAGGCCUGUAGAGAGGACCCAGCCUUCUGCCUGAUAAUACAGGACCAGGGGGAGGAGGGAGAACAGGUGAGGUACCAUCUGAAGCCAGACCACAGCUAUUUCACCCAGAUCCAGUGCCAGCUGGCGGUGACAGGGUUAACCCAGGCUGACCUAGUGGUGUUCACCCUGAAGGAAACAGCCAUUGUCCCGGUGACCUUUGACCCUGUGUUCUGGGACGACACCCUGGCCAAGCUGGAGAUGUUCUACACCGAUGCUGUCCUGCCCUACAUCAGAGACUUACCAGAUAUGAGGCCGGAGGAGUAGCUAGCAUGCUACUCCUCCGGAGUAGCUAGCUUGUUCAGGAUGUGACUAGCUGGUUCAGGAUGUCAGAUAUGGAAGUCCUGAGACAAACUGUAGUUGUGUCUGUGUUAAAGYACUGGUCUGGGUUGUGUCUGUGGUAAAGGACUGGUCUGGGUUGUGUCUGUGGUAAAGGACUGGUCUGGGUUGUGUCUGUGGUAAAAGGCUAUGGCGACUGCAGGCUUGGAGACUUUAACCUAUUACUUUACGGUCAAAUAUUUGAAUGUAAAUAAACCAUGCCUGCCUUA